UUAAAUUUAAAGUUUUUUUUUGUGUUCUACUUUCUUAAUCUGUAAAGAUAUUUGUAAAUCUCGUUUUUCAUUAUUUCAUUCUUAUGUCGAAACAGGACUUUCAAGGAUGAUCCCUUACAUGUGUUCUAAAAAUAGAUGUUUCGGCUUUUAACCAUUUCAUAACAGUAUUUUGCACAAAAGGAUGCAGUCAUGGUUGUUGGCUAUUUCGCUGCACUUCCUUCCCUGAAGCGGUUUGGUUCGAGCCGUUGUGAUGACUGGGUGGAUCGCCUCAGUCAUGUUUAUACGUCUUUACUGCUCCUUGUUUUUGCAAUCCUUGUCAGUUCGGCGCACUUGGUUGGUACCGCCAUAAAGUGCUGGGUACCAGCGGAGUUUGACGAUGACGACACGAAUUCAUUCGAGCAUUAUAUCCACAACUACUGCUGGAUGAGGAACACUUACUACAUACCGUUGCUAGACGUCAUUCCAUCAGACGUCAGUCAUCGUCAGGAAGAGGAAAUCACAUACUAUCAAUGGGUUCCGCUGAUUCUUCUGCUUCAAGCGUUCCUUUUCAAGCUUCCAUUUAUUCUAUGGAAAAUGCUUCAUGUCGCCUCUGGUCUGAAUCUUAGCAGUCUUUGUAAAACUGCCGAGUUUACACAGUGCACAUCACAGGAAGACCGCAAGGGAGCAGUAGAGUCACUCGUCUUUGUUAUUAAGAACUGGAUACACAUCUGCCAACCGUAUAAACACAACGCCGUGGAGCGAGACAGUGCGCGGUUUUCUCACGUGUUUUGUUUCUAUUGCAACAAGAGAGAAGGAACAUUCCUAACUGGUCUUUACUUGUUCAUAAAAGUCCUUUACUUUGCAAAUGUGGUUGGACAGAUAUUUCUUCUGAAUGCAUUCAUUACAACUGACCAAAGUAGCAUGUAUGGACUAGAAUGGCUGCAGUCGUUUAAUGGUGGAUCUAAAGUUAUAGAAAGUCAGCGUUUUCCUAGAGUGACUCUCUGUGACUUCUUGAUUCGACAAAUGAACAAUGUGCAAAGGUAUACUGUUCAGUGUGUUUUGCCCGUAAAUCUAUUCAAUGAGAAAAUAUUUCUUUUUCUCUGGUUUUGGUUCUGUUUCGUCGCCAUACUGAGUGGAUAUAACUUCAUCCAGUGGAUAUCCUUGGUUGUGUUGAAGAGAAACAGCUACGAAUACCUAAAGAAAUAUCUCAAACUUGGUGGCAGGACUCUCCAGACGUCUGACAAACGGCUGUGCAAAAUCUUUGCUGAAAAAUAUCUAAGGGAUGACGGGUGUUUUGUGGCUAGAAUGGUGGGAAUGAAUUCAACAGACAUGGUGAUCAUGGACAUGUUGAACGACUUGUUUGCGGAAUUCAAGGAGAGACAAAAGCCUUAACAUUUAGAUGAAGCUGUACAUGGUCACGCAAUUCCGGAACAGUAGUCGGAGAACCCGAAACGGUGCUAGAUUAAUUGUAAUGUCACGGGACAAGGCCAAAUGAUAAUGCAAUUAUGCAAAUAUGCCUUUAAAACAUGUCUGAUAAUUGUAUGCAUCACUGACUAUCUAUAUUAAAAACAUAAAUGUAUAACAUUUAUGACUAAAUGAACUAAAUUAUUUUCGGAUGCUGCUCUGUAAUGAAAUUACUUCUAGGAGUACAAAUGUGAGAGCAAUGCAUCCAUUGGUUAGAAUGUAUAAAAUAAUGUAAUUUUAAAUCAUUAAAUGGUAUUGUCUUCGCCUCAUUUUGUACUAGGUAAACUCACAGUUCAAGUGUUUGAAGUGCAAAAAAAAUGAAUCAAUCUUUUUUUCAUUUUGUUGAUCGUAUUUAUAACUGUCACUUGUCUUCACGUGUAUAAUGAUAUAACUGACCUACGACGAAUUCUUUUGAAAUGUUUAUUUUGUGUUUCACAUAUUCUCUUACUCCUUGUGAAUAUUUUUACAUUUGUUGAAUAUAAAGCCGACAAUUAGA